AGCCAGCUCGGCUAGCCACAGCUGAAAGUAUUGAAAGGCUGCUGCAAAUUAUCCUAGAGGUGGCCGAAGACGUCGUGGUGCCGCCGCAAACAGACUUUUACGUGGACUCAAUUCGGCCGCCGAAUAGAUCGAAAUGGAGACUAGCGCGUGGCAGUUGAUCUCAAGCACGCAGUACGCCCUGCCGGUGGUGCUGGUCGUCUUCUUGGCCGUGGUCGUUUUCGCCCUCGGCUUCAGGAGCAGCGUUGAGCCACCUACACUCGCCUACCUGGAGCAGGAGAAGAAACCUGUCGCCAAGAAAACCAAAAAGCAGAAACCUGCAAAGGAAGAAGUGAGAGAGAAAACUCCUGAGGUGAAAAAGCCGGAGAAGAAGCAGCAGGAGAAACCUGCCAAGAAGCAGCAGGCCGAGCCUGUGGUGGAAAAGAAGCAGGAGAAUAAGAAGGAGCAGAAGACGAUUAACAAUAAGACUAAAGAGAACAACAAGAAGAGUGCAGCAGCAGCGGCUGUCCCGAAACUGGCCGAGGAAAUCAAGAACAAGAAGAACGAGCGCAACCUCAAGAAGCUCAACCAGUCCGACGAGAAACCCCUGGACUUUGACGAUGUUGAAUCUGCAGGCAAUUGGGUGCAAGUUUUGUCCGGAAAAGACAAGAAGGUGAAACAGGUGAAGCAGGAGGAGGAGAACUCGGCUAAGGCCAAGAAGAAGGCCCAGAAGGAGGCCAAGCGCAUGGCUGCCGAGUUGCUGGCCAAGGCCAAGAAAGACGCAGAAAACGCCCAGCAGCUGGCCAAGCAGGCUCAGCAGCAGAAGCAAGAGAUUAAAAGUGCAGAGCCUGAGGAUGAGCCCGAAGAGCGCGAAAUCAGCAAAAAGAGGAACCGCAAGGGCAGCACCAGCACCAAGAAGGCCGCCGAGCCGGAACCUCUGCCUGAGGUUGUCAAGCAGCCAGGCCCUCUAGCUUCUAACAGGAAGCCUUCCGUCGAAGCAGAGGCUCCUAGUGCUCCUGGAGUGGCUUUUGAUGAAGUUGGGGACUGGCAGGAGAAUAAGCCGAAGAAGAGCAAGAAGAAGUCGAGGAAGGAUUAGUUUAAGGGGAGAAAGACGGUCGUUCGAGGCAUCCACGCAAACCAAAAGACAUGAAAAUUGGUGACCUUUCUUUGCUCAUUGAGUUGCAUUCGUCGCGAUGCCAAACAAUUCUCCCCGCGGGAGUGUUGAUUUAAAUACGAAUGAUUGCCUUGGAAGGAAUUUCUCGAAGAACCUCCCUUUGAUUUCUCGUCUUCCGACCGCUCGUUGGGUUUGCUGCACAAAUAAUUUGGUUUUUCGAAGAAAAAGAAGUACAAUUUAUUAGCAUGAUGCCGAGUCUUAAAUCGAGAGAGUGGGUGCAAAAUUUUCGGAUGUUAUCACUAAGGGUACAACUACGAACAUAAAUAUAUCUAUUUUUAAAUCUGGUUGUGAGUGCGUGAGUGUGAUUCCUUGAACUCUGAGCAUUCCCAUGAUGUUUCCACUUUCCACUCCCGAUCUUGUUUUCCAAACUCGCUGGCAAUCUGUGAUUAGCAUAUUCUCGAAUCGACCAAAAAUGAAAAAAAUUGAAUCCGUCGGAGCCAUUUGUUUACUUUUUUUAAUUGUUCCGAGGAGUUGUGUGCAAAUCCAACUAGCUCUGAAGUGUGCCAAAUUUUGAUUGGUACAUUUUUGUGGUGGUUGAAUUUUGAUAACAUUGAGAUUACAGUGUAAGUAAUCAAGUCAGUCAGCAACCAUCCCUUAGGUGUUCAACAUUUUCCAGUCCGUUUUAAAUCUUGCUUGGAGAAUAGUUUUCUAUCGAGGCAUCUAUUUUUGUGACUCUCCUCAGUCAUUUGUCAAAAACUGAUCUUUUCCAACCCCAAUAAGCAAUUAAAUGACGUAAAAUGAAGUAACACUUAUUUGCCAGACUGGCUUGCAAAUAGUUGUAUUUUAAAUGUUGUUGAGAAUUUGUCACGAAAGUGAACUGGCUUAGAUUUAAAAUCACUAAUUUUAGGGGAACUUAGGUUAAGAGUCGAGAGACUGUUUGCUGAUUUUUGCCCUGGCAUCGAUCGAUGCGAAUUCCGUUUGACCCAAAAGACCAAAAAUUUCAAGUGACCCGGGGCCACUCGCAUAUCUCUAGAGUUAAUUCAAGUGACUCAUUUGGUUCUACCCCCAAUGCUAUACUGACAGUGCUAUAUAUAUUUGAGAUAAUGGUGACCUGUUUUAAUUCCCCACUUAAUUACCUGCAGUUUUUUUAAUGUGUUAAUUUUCACAAUUGUUACAUUUUUUUCGCUUUAAUUUUAUUUGAUGGGAUGUUUAACUUUUUCACAUUUUUUUGAGAAUAUAUUCGUGCUAAUUUAUAAGGGCUGUUAAUUUUUCCUUUGAUUUACAUCAUGUUUGUUACUGUGUAUGUGAUAAGAUAAAUAAAAAACAAAAAUAAAACUAA